AUGAACACUGUUCUGGAGCAACAACGUUCUAUUCACGAAGAGAGGGAACGUCUAAUAGACGCAAUGUCUAAAGAGAUGUGUUUCAAGCCGAAGACGCACAAGGAAGGCGUCAAUUCGGAAUUCCGUCUGCGAACAAUGUUUGACAGAUACAUUGAAAUAACGAAGACGCUCAGGGAACUUUACGAAGAUAAGGAUGGUUUGCGGAAGCAAGAUAUCCAGUCUCUUUCGGGUCCGAAUGAAUUCAAUGAAUUUUAUUCCCGACUAAAGUCCUUAAAAGAUUUUCAUCGUUCUCAUCCAGAUGAGAUAAGUAUCCCAAUGUCCAUCGAGUUCGAGAGGUAUAAAGAGAUGCGCGAAAAUCCAGAGGAAGCCGCUGCAACCAUGAUCGAAUUUACUGACGAAGAGGGUUACGGGCGCUUCCUUGACCUUCACGAACUCUAUGAGAUCUUCAUCAACAUCAAGGGCACUCCAAAAGUAGAUUACCUUACAUACCUUCAAUCAUAUGAUCGGCUUUACGAGAUUCUCCAAGAGCGAAAAACAUCAGCCUAUCGACAAUACCUCGAAAAGCUAAUCGAGUACCUUGAGGGCUACAUUUCUCGUGCCAAGCCUAUGGUCGAUCUUGCCGAGGAAUCUGCUAAAGCCAUUGCCAGGUUUGAGAAAGAAUGGCCUGAAGGUAACUUCCCAGGCUGGGGUACCCCCGCCACCCCGUCUGCCCUGGCCCACACUGGAGCCCAUCUCGACCUAACUCCCUUCACUAAACCAGAAGAGCUCGCUUCCCUCGGUCUCGAUCGCCUUAAAUCCGCUCUCCUCGCACUGGGAUUGAAGUGCGGUGGGACUCUGGAAGAGCGUGCUCAACGUUUGUGGGCAACCAAAGGCAAAUCUCUAGAGGACCUUCCGCCAGAGAUGUUUGCCGCAAAAACCGCACGAGGCGGACGCAAUCGAAGCAAAGUAGUGGACGAAUCAGACGCCAGUCUGUCGGACCGCUACCGUGAGAUUGGCAUGCUGGAGGCCUGUGUCUACCAACUGGCAGAGCUGCUCAGUGAGCAUAGAGCUGCAACUAUUGAAAACGUCCAAAGACGUCAGGCUCGAACCCUCGCAGAACGGGAAGAGGAGGAUGACAGUGACGCAGAAAAUGAAGUCGGCGGCGCCAAGAAGGACGGUGAGGGAAAGGACGGCGAAGGAGACGAGGAGGACGAUGACAUUCCCUAUAACCCGAAGAACCUCCCUCUAGGAUGGGACGGCAAGCCCAUACCCUACUGGUUGUACAAACUCCACGGUCUCAACAUGUACUACUCGUGUGAAAUCUGCGGCAACCAGACCUACCGCGGUCCCAAGGCCUUCCAACGCCACUUCUCCGAGUGGCGCCACGCCCAUGGCAUGCGAUGUCUGGGGAUCCCAAAUACCGCACACUUCGCUCAUGUGACCAAAAUCGAGGACGCUCUAGCUCUGUGGCAACGCAUUCGAACCACAAAGGAGGCCGAAAGGUGGAAACCGGAGGUGGAGGAGGAGAUGGAGGACUACGCCGGCAACGUAGUCACCCGGAAAACCUAUGAGGAUCUCAAGAGACAGGGCCUCCUCUAA